AUCGGUAACUCAGGAAAUCCAAAUCUGAAUUUAAAGAUUUCAUUUCCUCCACCAAAACCACCUUCUUCUUCUUCUUUCUUUUUUUAUAAUAAUAAUUUCCGAUGGCGGAAUCCGGUCACCAAGACGCCGGCGAGUUUUGCAUCGGCGGCCGGAAUAAUAUCAACUAUGAUCCGUUGAAUUGGGGAGUGGCGGCCGAGUCGUUGAAGGGAAGCCAUUUGGAAGAAGUGAAGCGGAUGGUGGAGGAGUACCGGCGGCCGGUGGUGAAGUUGGGAGGAGAGACGCUGACGAUAUCUCAGGUAGCUGCGAUCGCCGCCAGGGAUUCCGGCGUGACAGUGGAGUUGUCGGAGUCGUCGAGAGGCGGCGUCGAGGCGAGCAGUAAGUGGGUGAUGGAUAGCAUGAAUCAAGGGACUGACAGCUACGGCGUCACCACCGGCUUCGGCGCCACCUCCCACCGCCGGACUAAAGAAGGUGGCGCUCUGCAGAGGGAGCUCAUACGAUUUUUGAAUGCGGGAAUAUUUGGAAAUGGUAUUGAAUCGAGUCACACUUUACCUCAUUCAGCAACAAGAGCGGCCAUGUUAGUUAGAAUCAACACUCUUCUUCAAGGCUACUCGGGCAUUAGGUUUGAGAUUUUGGAAGCUAUAACCAAACUUCUAAACCAAAACGUCACCCCAUGUUUGCCUCUUCGAGGAACUAUUACUGCUUCUGGAGAUCUUGUUCCUCUGUCUUACAUUGCCGGAUUGCUUACUGGCCGACCGAAUUCCAAAGCCAUUGGUCCAAAUGGAGAAAGUCUUGAUGCAAAGGAGGCUUUCAAAGAAGCUGGUAUUCCUUCUGGGUUCUUUGAGUUGCAACCUAAAGAAGGCUUGGCUCUUGUUAAUGGAACUGCUGUUGGUUCUGGGUUAGCCUCUAUUGUUCUCUUUGAGGCAAAUAUUUUGGCAGUUUUAGCUGAAAUUUUGUCUGCUAUUUUUGCUGAGGUUAUGCAAGGUAAGCCUGAAUUUACGGAUCAUUUAACUCAUAAGUUGAAACAUCAUCCUGGUCAAAUUGAGGCAGCUGCAAUCAUGGAACACAUUUUGGAUGGAAGCUCUUACAUUAAAGAAGCUAAGAAAUUGCAUGAAAUUGAUCCUCUUCAGAAACCAAAACAAGAUCGUUAUGCUCUUAGAACUUCACCUCAAUGGCUUGGUCCGUUGAUUGAGGUCAUUAGAUUUUCAACUAAGUCUAUUGAGCGUGAGAUUAAUUCAGUCAAUGAUAAUCCUUUGAUUGAUGUUUCAAGGAACAAGGCUCUACAUGGAGGUAACUUCCAGGGAACGCCAAUUGGAGUCUCAAUGGACAACACUCGCUUGGCCAUAGCUUCGAUUGGUAAGCUCAUUUUCGCUCAAUUUUCUGAGCUUGUUAAUGAUUUCUACAACAAUGGUUUGCCUUCGAAUCUCUCUGCAAGCAGAAACCCAAGUUUAGAUUAUGGAUUCAAAGGUGCCGAAAUUGCUAUGGCUUCAUAUUGCUCUGAACUUCAAUAUUUGGCAAAUCCAGUAACAAGUCAUGUCCAAAGUGCUGAGCAACAUAAUCAAGAUGUUAACUCUCUUGGUUUAAUCUCCUCAAGAAAAACAGAAGAAGCUAUUGACAUUUUGAAACUCAUGUCUUCAACAUUUUUAGUUGCACUUUGCCAAGCAAUUGACUUGAGACAUUUGGAAGAAAAUUUAAGGAGCAUAGUGAAAAAUACAGUAAGCCAAGUGGCCAAGAAGGUCCUUACCACCGAUGCUAAUGGAGCUCUCCACCCAUCGAGAUUUUGUGAGAAAGAUUUACUCAAAGUUGUUGAUAGAGAAUACACCUUUGCUUACAUUGAUGACCCAUGUAGUGUCACUUAUCCAUUAAUGCAGAAGUUAAGACAAGUUCUCGUAGAGCAUGCACUUGCAAAUGGAGAAGAUGAGAAGAACACAAAUAGUUCAAUUUUUCAAAAGAUUGGAGUUUUUGAAGAGGAACUAAAAGUUGUUUUACCCAAGGAGGUAGAAAGUGCAAGGUUUGCUUAUGAAAAUGGGAACUCUACCAUUAAAAAUCAAAUUAAGGAAUGUAGAUCAUAUCCACUUUACAAGUUUGUGAGAACAGAGUUAGAAACUGAGUUGCUUACCGGAGAGAAGGUAAAAUCUCCUGGAGAGGUGUGUGAGAAAGUGUUCGUAGCUUUAUGUCAAGGAAAGAUGAUUGAUCCGAUCUUAGAGUGUUUAAAGGAGUGGAAUGGUGCUCCAAUCCCUAUUUGCUAAUGUGAGCAUUAGGACCAUGAAAACAAAUAGUGCUUUGUUAUGUUUUUAUUCGUUUUUUCUUUCAUGUAAUUUAAUUAUGGCUUUUAUAUUUAUGUUCCUUCCUUGUACAACGAAAUAGUAUAUAUAUUUCAAACUUUUCUCCACGUUAAA